AUGACUGUUAACAAGGUGCUGUUGAUGGGUAAAAGUGGAUCAGGAAAGACCAGCAUGAGUUCGAUCAAAUUUGCCAAUUACAUCGCCAGAGACACUCGCCGCCUCGGAGCCACAAUUGAUGUGGAGCACUGCCACGUGAGGUUUCUGGGUAAUCUGGUGCUAAACCUGUGGGACUGCGGAGGACAGGACACAUUCAUGGAGAACUGCUUCACGAGUCAGAGAGACAACAUCUUUCGUAAUGUGGAGGUGCUGAUCUACCUGUUUGAUGUGAAGAGCCGCGAGCUGGAGAAGGAUAUGCAUUACUAUCAGUCGUGUCUGGAAGCCAUCCUGCAGAACUCCCCUGACGCCAAGAUCUUCUGCCUGGUGCACAAGAUGGACCUGGUGCAGGAAGACCAGAGAGACCUGGUGAGACACGCCAGGAAUAUCCAUGUUUGA